AAGCAAUAGUUUCCAGUGUGAAAAUAUCCCAUCUAAAAAACGUGUGAGAAAGUCUAGGUCUCCUGGAGCUACAGAAGCUCUCUACUUUUUCAAAACUGUUAUGUUAUUCAUUGGCCAAAAACAAAUGCCAGAUAAUCAAAAUACUGCGUCAAUUAAUUCUUAUAAGCCCUCUCUUAGAACAACCGAAGUACAAAAUAAUGAUUCUUUAAUCAUUAAUCCAUAUCAAAAUAUCACGUUAUUCUCUACUAGUCAUUUAAAUGAAACCUUUUUUGUUGAAACUCCUCUCAAUAUCUACCGAUACAAGGCUGCUAAAACAUUUCCAAAUAUGUUCCCUAAAGGACCAGCACAAGAUAAUAGCCUUUUAAUCAUUAAUCGAUAUCAAAAUAUCACAUUAUCCUCUACUAGCCAUUUUAACGAUUCCUAUUCUCUCAACAUCUAUCCCUGCAGAGCUGUUGAAGUAUCACAAAAUACUUUCCUUUUCGUUCACGAAGGACCAGUACAAAAUAAUAAUCCACUAAUAAUUAAUCCAUAUACAUCACUCUUUAUUAGUUAUUCAAAUAAUUUCUUCUCUUUAGAAACUCCAAAUCCUUAUAAUAAUACUAUUACUUCUCCCAAUAUUUACGCUUAUGGAACUAAUGAACAAUCAUUUUUGCUUUCAUCCUCUUCUUUUGUUCAUGAAGGAUCAAUACAAAAUAAUAAUCCUUUAACUACUGACCUAUCUCAAAGUACUAAUAAUUCAAAUGAUUCAUUCUCUUUUGAAACUACAAAUUUUUUCCUUAAUGUCCACCCUUACGAAACUACCGAAGUCUUCCAAAAUAUGUUCAUUGAUUAA